AUGGCUGAGGAUGGGGAAGGUGCUGGGGACAGGAUUCAGCCCCCAGAGGACAGGACAGGAGAUAACGAGUUGAAUAAACCGCCAUCACCUAAGCCUGACAGCGAACUCUCACCUCCGCUCAUCUCUAUCAGCACCAGUGAUGGUAAAGCUGGAGAAUCAAAUCGACACAGGCGUGUAGGUGCUAAUAAAUGGAAAAAUUCAGGACUGGGUCCACGUACUUCGGCACCAUCUCCAACUACAUCUGUCUCAACUCAAGGUAGAAAGACCAUUCUACUUUCCACUGAGGCAAAAAAGGGAAUGCUAAAACGAGCUAAAGCAGCAAAAGAAGAACGAAGAUCUCAAAUGGACUCUCGGCAUGGCUAUCUCACAUCUAAAUUGGCCGAUGGAACAGGUCUAGAGGAAGCAGCAGUGCAGGACUUUAUAAUUGCAGAUGAAAAGUUUCAUAUGAUUGAAGAAUUCUUUGCACCAAAUGGAUGUAAAAAAUUACUACUUUACUACCAAGAGACAGCGACAACCACAGAAUCCAGACAUUUCAGUGCAGAUAUGUCAAGAGGCUUAAGUCAGAAGAGGCUGUUCAUUACUGAUGGUUCUACUGAGAGUUUAAUUGGGACUUGCUUCUUCUUUCUUAGAACUACUGAUAAAAGCAUCAGCACAGCUAAUGUGUCUCAGGAAGUAAAUUUUGGCAUGCUUAAUUGCUCUGAAGGGAACCUACUUCAAGGGCUGGAGAAACUUCUUGCCAAUAUAAUGGUACCAGCACUGCGAUCUCAAGAGAAUUGGGGAUCUAUUAAAGAUGGACUAAAGAAUGUCCAGAUUCAGGAAUUUCUUGAGUCCUUGGACAAAUUUGUCAGCAAUUUGUCUUCUGCCAGGAAAAAUAUGGAGCGUCAGGUAAUUCUUGAGGAGGCAGUUACAGGCUACAGCCUUGAUGAUCUGCAUGGCCCCUCAGACUAUUUGAUUGCAGCUAGUAAUACUGAACUUGUGGAGCAACUUGAGGGAGUGCUGAUAUCAUGGACUAAACAAAUUGAGCAAGUCUUGGCUGAAAGUGAACAAAUGAGAAAGGAAGCUGAUGAUAUUGGUCCCUCUGCAGAACUGGACCACUGGAAGACUAGAAUGGCAAAGUUUAAUAGCCUUCUUGAUCAGGUUAAGAACCAUCAAGUGAGAAGAGUGGUAGGCAUUCUUCAAAUUGCAAAAUCCAGGACAUUGAAACACUGGAGAAAACUGGACAGCAAUAUUACAGAUGCAGCCAAUGAAGCUAAAGAUAAUGUAAAGUAUCUGUACACACUGGACAAAUUCUUUGGGCCUCUUGUAAAGUGUACACCUGUCACCAUGGUCGAACAUAUUCCCAAUUUGAUGAACAGUAUUCGGAUGAUCCAUAGCAUCUCAAAGUAUUACAAUACAUCAGAGCAUAUGACCUCUCUUUUUGUCAAGGUUACCAAUCAGAUGAUUACCACAUGUAAGAGGUACCUCUGUCAGAAUGUUGGAAAAUUCUGGGACCAAGACAGGCAGGAAUUGUUGAAGAAAAUUAAGGAUUGUACGCAGUUGAAUGCUGAGUAUCAGAAGCAUUUUCAGCGAAUCAGGGAGAAGCUUCAUGAAAAUCCAAAGGAGAGACAAUUUGAAUUUAGUGAAAACAAUAUAUUUGGCAAGUUUGACACUUUUUGCAAGCGCCUGGAGAAGAUUGCACACAUGAUCAACACUAUGGAAAAUCUUGCAGAUCUCCAGAAUGUUAAAAUGGAGGGUUUUGACAAAUUAAACGUGCGUUAUCAGACAAUUAUCAACAGCAUAAAAUCAAAGACUUAUGACGUGCUGGACCACAGAAAACAAGAGUUUGACAAUGAUUACCUGGAAUUUAAAUACCAGAUGGAUGGACUUUAUCAGUCAAUGCAAACUUUUAUGGAUUCCUGGUUUGAGCAAUCCUUAACUACAGAACGCAUGCUAGACUUGCUGGGCAAGUUUGUGUGUAUUGCUGGGUCACAGUUGGAUCUUACAGACAAGUACCUAGUGGUCUUACAGCGAUUUGGACGAGAUUUAGACCUUAUACGCAAGACCUAUCAGAAGCAAAGGGAAAAUCCACCUAUACCACGUAAUGUUCCACCUGUGUCUGGGAAGAUUAUGUGGUCCCGACAGCUAUUCAGAAAAAUAGAUGUUCCCAUGAAGUUUCUGAAAAGCAAUGUUGAAAUUUUGAAGACCCCUGAUAUGAAAAAAGUUAUCAAAAACUAUAACAAGAUGGCAGCUGUACUCCUUGAGUUUGAGGUGGUGUAUCACAGGGGUUGGUGCCGAGCUGUUGAUUUUGCUCAAAAUGGACUUCAUGCCUCACUGAUUGUUCGACAUCCUGAGACUAAGGAAAUCUUUGUGAAUUUUGAUCCGGCUGUGUUUGAGGUACUUUUAGAAGCAAAGUACUUGUAUAGAAUGGGGCUUGAAGUGCCACAAGCUGCUCUCAACCUAUGCUUUAAAGAGACAGAAAUUAAGCACCAUUAUUUAAGCAUUCAGGAACUUUUAAGUAACUACCGAAAUGUGGUGAACAACAUCCCAACUAUAAUUCAACCAUUGAUGAAGCCUUUUAUUGGCCAAGUGGAUGAAGCUCUAAUUCCUGGACUAACUAUGUUGUCUUGGACCUCUUUAAACAUUGAAAGAUUCAUAGAAAAUGUGUACAGCUCACUGACUGAGCUGAAACAUAUGUUGAAGCAAGUGUCUGACACAUUGGAGUGUAGGAUUGAGAGAGUUCUGCAUGAAAUGUCUCUUACUGCCCUGGUUGACCUUCCUGAAGAUGACCUUGUGGAAGCGCGAGCUUUUCUAGAGAUGACUGAGAAUAUUGUUGCCUCAGCUGGACAAGCUUUAUCUACACAGAGUCAACAGCUGGAGCGUUCUAUGUAUCAGUUAAUGGAUGGAUUGACACAAAAACUCAAGCCAGAAGAGCAAGCCAAUCUUCAGGAUACCUAUGCAUGUUUGCAUCCUGAUGCAAAACAAAAAACUCGCUGUCAAGAAUGCUUACCCUGCAGCUACUAUAAUCUGAUGGGACAAAUUUGCCAAAAGAAUACUGAUGCCUUGGUGAAAUGUUCCAAGUUAUCAUUGGAUGCUAUCAAGCGGCAUUUACAUAUUACCAGCUCUAAGUACGAGGCAGCAAAACCAUUUCCUGGUGGUGGUGGAGAGGCACUAAAAGCCCCAUUUUUCAAGUCUGAAAUUGUUCUGGCAAUUCCAAAUGUUGUGAUACGACCAAGUUUGGAGGAGAUUCAGGCUAUCCUAAAUAAAGCAGUGAAUGUAAUUCUGUCCAUAUCUAAGGAUAUUCCUCUUUGGUCCUUUGCCUAUAUUCAUCUGAAACAACAACAGAUUGAACAGAAUGCUGCUCGAGAACUGGGUGAUGAUAGCAUCCUUGGUAAGCAGGUGGUGCUAAAAUCUCUUGAUAAACAAAUCAGUGAACACAAGGAUGUCACUAAAGUCGUGAUCCAGCUCAGUUCCAUUGUUUCCUCAUUGAAGACUGAUGCAAUAGAGAUUCUUGACAAUUUCUCUCACUUCUCCCACUUGUGGAAUCAGGAUCCUGCAGACAAAGUGAAGGAAUUCAUGGAUUCAAAACCAAUCCUCUCUGAAUUCAAUGAGCAAAUUACCUAUUACUCUAAAUUGGAGGCUCAGAUUGAUGAGUUACCCUCUUGUUAUGAAGUGGGCUCAGUUCAAUUUGACACACAGCAUUUGAAGCUGGCAUUGGUGCAGGAAUGCCGCUCGUGGAAGAGAGCCUUUGGCACAGCCUUAAACAGAAAAACUGCUAUGGAAAUGGAUGAGAUUUAUUCCUUUAUUGAAAAUCUCAGCAAACAACUGAAUCGACCAAUAAAUGAUUUGGAUGAUGUUCGUGGAGCCAUGGCAGCACUGAAAGAAAUCAGGGAUGCUGAGAUAAAGAUUGAUAUGACCAUUGAACCUAUUGAAGAAGCACAUGCCUUCCUAAGUAAGCAUGGGUUGCUUUUUCAAGAUGGAAAUGCUGAGAGAGUUGAUGGACUAUCUUAUGUUUGGAAGAACAUAAAUGCACAGGUCGUGCAGAUACAGAGUACACUUUUAAAAGUGGAGCCUGCAAUGAAGACAGAUCUACGAGAAAGGGUAAAAAUCUUCCAAACUGAUGCUCAGAAUUUUUACCAAGACUAUGAUACAAAAGGCCCUGGUGUUGAAGGCCUUCCACCUGGAGAAGCUAAUGACAGGCUGCAGAUCUUCCAGACAAGCUUUGAUGAGCUCUGGCGGAAAUUUAACACUUAUUCUGGCGGAGAGGAGCUUUUUGGGCUACCUGUUAUUGAAUAUCCUGACUUGCUGAGAAUCAAGCGUGAGCUCACGUUACUUCAGAAAUUGUAUGGUCUUUAUAAUUCAGUCAUUGAUAAUGUCAAUGGUUACAAUGACAUUUUGUGGAGUGAAUUAGAUACUGAAAAAAUUAAUAACGAACUUCUGGAUUUUCAGAGCAGAAUACGGAAAUUACCCAAAGCCUUGAAGGAAUGGCAAGCUUUCAAUGACUUGAAAAAGACGAUUGAUGAUUUCAGCGAAACUUGUCCAUUGCUUGAAAUGAUGGCUAACAAAGCUAUGAUGCUAAGACACUGGGAAAGGAUUGCACAGGUCACAGGUCAUACUUUUGAUGUUGAAUCUGAUCAGUUUUCUCUCAAAAACAUAACAGAAGCUCCAUUACUAAAAUACAAAGAGGACAUCGAGGACAUUUGUAUUAGUGCAGGAAAAGAAAAGGACAUUGAAGCAAAGCUGAAGGCUGUUAUUAAUGAAUGGAGUGGUCAUGUGUUUACUUUUGCCCCAUUCAAGAUGAGGGGUGAGUUGCUCCUCAAAGGAUCAGAUACCACAGAGAAUAUUGCACUAAUGGAGGACAGCCUGAUGAUACUUGGCUCAUUGAUGAGCAAUAGGUACAAUGCACCAUUCAAACCUACUAUUCAACAGUGGGUGCAGAAGCUCUCAAAUACCACAGAAAUAAUCGAAAAUUGGCUCACAGUUCAGAACCUUUGGAUUUACCUGGAAGCCGUGUUUGUUGGUGGAGACAUUGCAAAACAACUGCCGCAGGAGGCCAAAAGAUUUCAGAACAUUGACAAGUCAUGGCAGAAGAUCAUGCAGAGAGCUCAUGACAAUACAAAUAUUGUGCAGUGCUGUGUAGGCGACGAGGCCUUAGCUCAGCUUUUACCACAUUUACUGGAGCAGCUAGAGAUGUGUCAGAAAUCGCUUACUGGGUAUUUGGAAAAGAAACGCCUUUUAUUUCCCAGAUUUUUCUUUGUUUCUGACCCUGCUCUGCUGGAAAUCCUUGGUCAAGCCUCUGACUCUCACACCAUACAGGCUCACCUGCUAAGUCUUUUUGACAACGUUAAUAGAGUGGGGUUCAACGAAACAAAUUAUGAUCAGAUCCUCCGCUUUGAAUCUCAAGAAGGAGAAAAAGUUGACCUCAUUGAACCAGUUAUAGCACAGGGCAAUGUGGAAGUCUGGCUGGCACAGCUCCUGAAUGGGGUCAGAAAGACAAUUCACAGCAUUAUCCGCCAGGCGUCAAUAGCUAUCACUGAUAAGGAGAUUAAACUAUAUGAGUUUCAGGCCAUGUUCCCUGCACAGAUAGGCUUGCUGGGUAUUCAGAUGAUCUGGACGCGAGACUCUGAAGAAGCUUUAAAUAAUGGCAAAUUUGAUAAAAAGAUCAUGCAGACAACUAAUCAAACAUUUAUGGAUAUGCUUAAUGAUUUGAUUGACAUGACAACCCGUGAACUAACAAAAAUGGAACGAACUAAAUACGAAACACUUAUCACCAUCCAUGUACACCAGAAAGACAUUUUUGAUGAUUUGGUUCGCAUGAACAUUAAAUCCACAUCAGACUUUGAAUGGCAAAAACAGUCCAGGUUUUACUUUAUAGAGGACACAGACAAAUGUAUUAUUCAGAUCACAGAUGUUGAGUUCAACUACUGUAAUGAGUACCUAGGCUGUACAGAUCGACUUGUGAUAACACCAUUAACUGACAGGUGUUAUAUUACACUGUCUCAGGCCUUAGGGAUGAGUAUGGGUGGUGCACCAGCAGGGCCUGCAGGUACAGGAAAGACGGAGACAACCAAAGACAUGGGCAGAUGUCUUGGAAAAUAUGUUGUUGUGUUCAAUUGCUCAGAUCAGAUGGACUACAGAGGCCUAGGUCGUAUCUACAAAGGCCUUGCUCAGUCUGGUGCAUGGGGUUGCUUUGAUGAAUUUAAUCGUAUCGAAUUACCUGUGUUGUCAGUAGCUGCUCAACAAAUCUAUAUUGUACUGCAAUGUAAGAAGAACAAAAAGCCCCAGUUUUACUUCACUGAUGGUGACAUUGUAGAAAUGGACAGAGAGUUUGGUAUCUUUCUAACCAUGAACCCAGGUUAUGCAGGACGUCAGGAGCUACCUGAAAAUCUAAAGAUUCAGUUCCGUACAGUGGCCAUGAUGGUGCCAGAUCGUGCCAUUAUCAUGCGUGUCAAGUUGGCUAGUGCUGGUUUCCAUGACAACCAAAUUCUUAGUCGCAAGUUUUAUACACUCUACAAACUCUGUGAGGAGCAGUUAUCUAAACAGGUGCACUAUGACUUUGGUUUGCGUAACAUUCUGUCUGUGCUGAGAACUCUGGGUGCUGUCAAAAGAUCAAACCCAACUGAACCAGAGAAGACUGUUGUCAUGAGAGUUCUGCGUGACAUGAAUCUUUCUAAACUGGUGGAUGAGGAUGAACCUUUAUUCCUGAGUUUGAUUAAUGACCUGUUUCCUGGAAUUACCUUGGAUAAAGCUGGCUACCCUGAACUGGAAGCUGCUAUUGAGAAACAAACCACGGAUGCGGGGAUUAUUUACCAUCCACCCUGGAUCCUGAAGCUCAUUCAGCUCUAUGAAACUCAAAGAGUCCGACAUGGUAUGAUGACUCUAGGCCCUAGUGGUGCUGGGAAAACAAAGUGUAUCAAUACCUUAAUGAAAGCAAUGACAGACUGUGGAGCACUUCACAAGGAGAUGAGAAUGAACCCAAAGGCAAUCACAGCCUCCCAGAUGUUUGGUACUUUGGAUGUUGCAACAAAUGACUGGACAGAUGGUGUUUUCUCUACUCUAUGGAGGAAAACAUUGAAAGCAAAGAAGGGAGAACACAUAUGGAUAGUAUUGGAUGGACCUGUCGAUGCCAUUUGGAUUGAGAAUCUUAAUUCUGUUUUAGAUGACAACAAAACUCUUACACUAGCUAAUGGUGAUCGUAUCCCAAUGGCACCAAACUGUAAAAUUGUUUUUGAGCCUCAUAACAUUGACAAUGCCUCCCCAGCCACUGUAUCCCGAAAUGGCAUGGUGUUUAUGAGUUCAUCAGUGUUAGAUUGGAGGUCUAUACUCAAAGCAUGGCUUCAGAAAUUACCCACUGCACAGUCUGACCUUCUUUGGAACUGCUUUGAUGAUGUUUUCCAGGAUUUGCUCAGUUUUGUUUUUACUGCUGUGACACCAAAAAUGCAAAUUCUAGAAUGCAUGUACAUUAAACAAGCCAUUGACCUUCUGCAGGGCCUAUUACCAGGAAUAGAAGACAAGCAGCCGAGCCCAGAGCAAGUUGCCCGCCUAUUCAUUUUUGCUGUAAUGUGGUCAGUUGGAGCUCUCCUGGAAUUGGAUGACAGGGCUAAAAUGGAAAGCUUUCUGCGGAAUCAUUCCGCACCACUAGAGCUUCCAGUGACUGAAGGAGAAGAAACCAUCUUUGAAUUUGUUGUCUGUGCUGACGGUCAAUGGGAGCACUGGUCAAAGAAGGUACCUGAAUAUAUUUAUCCACCUGAUUCUGUGCCAGCUUAUUCAUCAAUCCUGGUACCAAAUGUAGACAAUGUCUGCACAGAUCUUCUUAUGCACACAAUCAUGAAACAGGAAAAAGCUGUGUUGCUCAUCGGUGAACAGGGAACAGCCAAGACAGUUAUGAUCAAGGGCUACAUGAGCAAACAUGAUCCUGAAGUCCAUGCAACCAAAAGUUUGAACUUCUCAUCUGCCACCCUGCCAAAUAUGUUCCAACGGAGCAUUGAAAGUUACGUGGAUAAACGAAUGGGUUCAACAUAUGGCCCACCCAGUGGCAAAAAAAUGACUGUGUUUAUUGAUGACAUUAAUAUGCCUGUGAUCAAUGAAUGGGGUGAUCAGAUAACCAAUGAGAUUGUCCGACAGCUGAUGGAACAAAAGGGUUUCUACAAUCUUGAAAAGCCUGGAGAGUUCACCAACAUUGUUGAUGUACAGUUCGUUGCUGCAAUGAUCCAUCCUGGUGGUGGUAGAAAUGACAUCCCUCAACGUCUCAAAAGACAGUUCACAAUUUAUAACUGUACACUACCAUCGAAUGCAUCGAUCGAUAAAAUCUUCAGAACCAUUGCAAGUGGCUAUUUCUGUGAGCAGCGUGGCUUUCCUGCAGAGGUUUGCAAGCUAGCCACAGCUUUAGUAUCAACCACUCGCAAAUUGUGGCAGGCUACUAAGAUUAAGAUGCUGCCCACUCCAGCCAAAUUCCAUUAUAUUUUUAAUCUCCGUGAUCUUAGUCGUAUUUGGCAGGGAAUCCUAACUGUUACAUCUGAAAUUUGCCAGUCUCCGGAUGUGUUGGUGUCACUCUUUCUACAUGAAUGCACUCGUGUUAUUGCAGAUAGAUUUACCAACCAGCAGGACAAAGACUGGUUUGAGAGAACAGUGAAAAAGGCCACUUUAGAGGAUCACGGUGAUGCUAUUUUAACAAAUAUUCAGCAAGAAGAAUUCUUUGUUGAUUUCUUACGUGAUGCUCCAGAGCCCACAGGAGAUGAGCCAGAUGAUAUGGAAUUGGAAGCUCCUAAAAUUUAUGAACCAAUUCCAUCAUUUGAUCAGUUCGCCGAACGCCUUCAAAUAUAUAUGGAGCAGUACAAUGAAGCCAUCAGAGGUGCAAAGAUGGAUCUGGUGUUUUUCAAGGAUGCAAUGAUACAUUUGGUGAAGAUAUCCCGCGUCAUUCGGACUCCACAAGGAAAUGCUUUGCUGGUAGGAGUUGGUGGAUCUGGAAAACAAAGCCUUACAAGACUGGUUUCAUAUAUUGCAGGGUAUCAAAGCUUUCAAAUUGUACUCACAAGAACUUACAAUACAGGUAACCUUAUGGAUGAUCUGAAGAUCCUGUACCGCACAGCUGGACAAAAAGGAAUGGGUGUGGCAUUCAUAUUUACAGACAACGAAAUAAAGGAUGAGUCCUUCUUGGAAUACAUGAACAAUGUUUUAGCCUCAGGUGAGGUCUCAAACCUCUUUGCUCGAGAUGAAAUUGAUGAAAUUACCCAAGAUUUAAUUCCAGUAAUGAAAAAAGAGUAUCCAAGACGGCCACCAACUGUUGAAAAUCUCUAUGAUUACUUCCUUUCACGAGUACGCAGUAAUCUGCAUGUAAUUCUUUGUUUUUCUCCUGUUGGAGAGAAAUUCCGGACUCGUGCAUUGAAAUUUCCUGGUCUAAUCUCUGGUUGCACCAUGGACUGGUUUCAACGUUGGCCCAAAGAUGCUCUUGUUGCAGUCGCUCAACAUUUCCUAACUUCAUAUAGAAUAGAGUGCACACCACAAGUUAAGCAGAGUGUUGUGAACACUAUGGGAACAUUUCAAGAUACUGUGGCAGAGAAAUGUGUUGAAUACUUCGAGCGAUUUAGGCGUCAGACCUAUGUGACUCCCAAGUCUUACUUAUCUUUUAUUGGAGGCUACAAAUGUAUCUAUGGAGAGAAGUUUGCUUAUGUGGAAAUGCUGUCUAACAGAAUGAAGACAGGUCUGGCAAAGCUAAUGGAAGCCGAGGUGUCAGUAAAUGAACUGUCCAAAGAACUUGUGAUUAAGGAAAAAGACUUGGCAAUCGCUUCAAACAAAGCAAAUGAAGUUCUGGAGGAAGUGACUUUAAAGGCCCAGGCUGCUGAAAUUGUUAAAAUGCAGGUUCAAAAAGUGAAAGACAAAGCUCAGAUCAUCGUAGAUGAGAUUGCGGCCGACAAAGCUGUUGCUGAAACAAAACUGGAAGCAGCUAAGCCUGCUUUGGAAGAGGCUGAAGCAGCUUUACAGACUAUCAAACCAGCUGAUAUUGCCACAAUACGCAAAUUAGGCAAACCACCUCACUUGAUCAUGCGAAUCAUGGACUGUGUGUUGCUUCUCUUCCAAAGAAAAGUAGAUCUUGUGACUCUUGAUCCAGAUCGACCUUGUAUGAAACCUUCAUGGGCUGAAGCUUCAAAGCUGAUGAAUAACGCUUCAUUUCUUAACAUGUUGCUGACAUUCACAAAGGAUUCUAUCACUGGAGAGGUUGUAGAUUUGCUGCAACCUUACCUAGAUAUGGAUGACUAUAAUCUUGAGACUGCUAAGAAGGUGUGUGGCAAUGUUGCAGGUCUGUGUUCGUGGACUAAGGCCAUGGCAAGCUUCUUUGAAAUUAAUAAAGAAGUGCUUCCAUUGAAGGCAAAUCUGACUCUGCAAGAGGCCCGAUUAGUUGUUGCCAAAGAGGAAUUGCACAAUGCCCAAGUACAGCUGGAUGAUAAGCAGCGGGAGCUAGAUAAAGUGCAGGCCAUGUAUGAUGCUGCCAUGUCAGAAAAGCAAGCACUACUUGAUGAUGCCGAGGCCUGCAGGAAGAAAAUGAAUAACGCCACUGCCCUGAUUGAAGGUCUAGGUGGUGAAAAGAUUCGGUGGACAGAAAGCAGCCAACUUUUCCAGGAUCAGAUUACCCGAUUAGUGGGUGAUGUAUUGCUAGCCACAGGAUUUCUGUCCUAUUCUGGCCCAUUUAACCAAGAAUACAGGAACCUUUUGCUUCAAAUGUGGAAAGAGGAGAUGAGCAUCAACGAUAUUCCAUACAGUGAUGACAUCAACCUAAUCAGUAUGCUGGUUGAUAAUGCAACAAUUGGUGAAUGGAACCUCCAGGGACUUCCAAGUGAUGAUUUGUCAAUCCAGAAUGGUAUCAUAGUAACCAAGGCAACAAGGUACCCUCUUCUGAUUGACCCACAAGGGCAAGGCAAGAUCUGGAUUAAAAAUAAAGAAAAGAACAAUGAGUUGCAGAUAACAUCACUAAAUCAUAAGUACUUCAGGACCCACCUAGAGGACUGCCUAUCUUUGGGACGGCCCCUGCUAAUGGAGGAUGUAGGAGAGGAGUUGGAUCCUGCUCUUGACAAUGUGCUGGAAAAGAACUUUAUUAAAUCAGGAUCAACUUAUAAAGUGAAAGUUGGUGACAAAGAAAUUGAUGUGAUGUUGGGAUUUACCUUGUACAUCACCACCAAACUAGCAAAUCCUGCUUACACGCCUGAAAUCAGUGCUAAAACCACCAUUAUUGAUUUUACUGUUACGAUGAGAGGGCUAGAAGACCAGCUUCUUGGUCGAGUCAUCCUCAUUGAGAAACAGGAGUUGGAAGCAGAGAGAGUGCAACUGAUGGAAGAAGUCACAUCAAACAAACGGAGAAUGCAAGAAUUGGAAGACAACUUGUUAUUUCGUCUAACCAGCACAGAAGGCUCCCUGGUGGAGGAUGAAUCAUUGAUUGAAGUGCUUCAGGUCACUAAGAUAACAGCUGAAGAGGUGAGUGAAAAGCUGAACACAGCUGCACAGACGGAAAUAAAGAUUAAUGCCGCUCGUGAGGAGUAUCGGCCUGUUGCUUCACGUGGCAGCAACCUUUACUUCCUCAUUGUCGAAAUGAGUCUAGUGAAUGUGAUGUACCAGACAUCACUUCGACAGUUCCUGGGUAUUUUUGACAUAUCCAUGGAGAAAUCAACAAAAUCACAGGUCACCUCUAAGCGAAUUGCUAACAUCAUUGAAUAUCUCACCUAUGAAGUGUUCAGAUAUACAGCUCGGGGACUGUAUGAGAAUCAUAAAUUCCUCUUCACUCUGCUUAUGGCACUAAAGAUUGAUCUACAGUCCAAGAAGAUCUCUCAUGAAGAUUUCCAGACUUUGAUUAAAGGUGGUGCCUCCUUAGAUCUCAAUUCUGUAGAACCCAAACCAAAGAAAUGGAUCAUUGAUAUGACCUGGCUAAAUCUGGUGCAGCUCUCUCAUUCGUCCCCAUUCACUCAACUGCUAGUGCAAGUGGCAAAAAAUGAUAAAACUUGGAAACUGUGGUUUGACAAUGAAGUUCCAGAAGAGGCUCCUCUCCCUGAUGGCUAUGAUAAUACAUUGGACACAUUCCGUAAACUACUACUGAUUCGUAGUUGGUGCCCAGAUCGUACAAUUGCUCAGGCUCGUCAUUACAUUGCUGAGUCACUUGGGCAAAAAUAUGCAGAAGGAGUUAUUCUCGAUAUGGAAGCAAUGUGGGCAGAAAGUGAUAAUCGAACACCUUUGGUGUGCUUCCUUUCCAUGGGCUCUGAUCCGACAGAAAGUAUUGAACGUUUGGCCAAGACUAAGAAUGUGCCCUGCCGUGCCAUAUCUAUGGGCCAGGGACAGGAGAUCCAUGCAAGGCGUUUGCUGACUCAGAGCAUGCAGGAUGGUGGCUGGCUUCUUUUACAGAACUGCCACCUAGGCUUGAAUUUCAUGGACGAACUUUUAGAUACUAUCACCACAACAGAAACUUUGCAUGAUGGAUGUCGAACCUGGAUCACAACAGAGGUCCAUCCAAAGUUUCCCAUCAAUUUAUUACAGUCAUCUAUUAAAUUUACCAAUGAGCCCCCUCAAGGUGUGAAAGCUGGUCUGAAGCGUACUUACAGCAGCAUUACCCAGGAACAACUGGACAUCAGCAAUAUGCCACAGUGGAAACCCUUGUUAUAUGCUGUGGCCUUCCUUCAUACAACUGUGCAGGAAAGACGUAAGUUUGGUCCACUUGGAUGGAAUAUUCCAUAUGAGUUUAAUCAAGCGGAUUUUACUGCCAGUGUUCAGUUUGUGCAGAACCACCUGGAUGAAAUGGAUAUUAAGCGUGGUGUGAACUGGAACUGCAUGCGCUACAUGUUGGGGGAAGUACAGUAUGGAGGGCGUGUAACAGAUGAUCUGGACAAGCGACUACUCAAUACAUUUGCAAGCGUGUGGUUUGGAGAAAUUAUGUUCACAGAUAAAUUUUGCUUCUACAAACAUUAUAUUAUUCCACAAGGCAAGACAGUUCAAGACAUCCUGCAUUACAUUGAGAGUCUGCCGCUGGUCGAUAGUCCUGAGGUGUUUGGACUUCAUUCAAAUGCAGAUAUAACUUACCAGACUAAUAUGGCAAAUGAAACCCUUAACACUAUAGUCAACAUUCAACCUAAGGACAGUGGCAGUGGUGAAGGAGAGACCAGAGAAAGCAAUGUCCAACGCCUUGCAAAUGAGAUGUUGGAAAAACUGCCAGCAGGCUACAUACCACAUGAGGUGAAAGCUCGACUUCAGAAAAUGGGUGCACUCCAACCAAUGAAUAUCUUCUUACGCCAGGAAAUUGAUCGAAUGCAACAAGUUCUUGCACGAGUUAGAAUUACACUGACAGACCUAAUAUUGGCUAUAGAUGGAACAAUUAUAAUGUCUGAGGACUUGAGAGAUGCUCUUGAUAACAUGUAUGAUGCCCGGAUUCCAAAGAUCUGGUUCAAAAUUUCCUGGGAGUCUGCUACUCUUGGGUUCUGGUUUACAGAGCUGCUUGAAAGAAAUCAACAAUUUCACACCUGGAUUUUUGAUGGACGACCACACCAGUUCUGGAUGACAGGAUUCUUCAAUCCUCAGGGCUUUUUGACUGCAAUGCGACAGGAAACCACCCGUAUGAAUCUGAGCAAGGGUUGGGCUCUAGAUAGUGUCAUUCUUUAUAAUGAUGUGACCAGGAUGAUGAAGGAAGAUGUUAAUUCAUCCCCUCCUGCAGAUAUUGGUGGUGUUUACGUUUAUGGCCUGUUCCUGGAUGGAGGAGGCUGGGACAGAAGGAAUACAAGGCUCAUGGAAUCAUCUCCAAAAGUAUUGUUCACAUUGCUCCCUGUAGUUCAUGUGUAUGCAAUCAGUGCCACUGCACCUCCUGAUUCAAAGAAACAGCAGGGGGCAGUGUACUCAUGUCCUGUUUACAAGAAGCCGAGACGAACUGAUUUGACGUACAUCUUCUCUCUCUAUCUGAAAACAAUACAGAUUCCUGAUCAUUGGACCCUGCGUGGUGUGGCUUUACUCUGUGAUUGCAAAUAA